UCUUAUAUUCCGCGUCAAAAUACUCCUGUUUUUACUUCAGUGAAUUCUAAUACACUUAUGGCUUCUGAAAAAAAACUUAAUAUUGAAGAUAUAACAGAUCUUACUUUAUCUUUGUUUAAUUUUAAUAACACGGAAUUGUAUUGUGAAAAUUUGAAACCACAAGCAUCAAGCAAAAGUCAUGGAAUAUUGUUGACGAGGUCUUAG